CAAAGUAUUAACUUGUUUGCGGCCGGGUAUGAGACCACUGCCACCACACUGUCAUUCCUCAUCAGACAACUGGCCCUCGAGUCUAGCCAUCAGAAUAGACUCGUCGACGAGAUUAAGACCACAUUUGAUGACAACACAGACAUUGAUUACGACAAACUCAUGAAAAUGCCUUUUUUGGAUGCCGUGGUCAGCGAGAUAUUGCGUACCAAUGCCGCGGCAACCAGGGUGGAAAGGGUGGCCACAAAGGAUGUAACGUUAGACGGCAUACAUAUACCCAAAGGCACCAUUAUCAUAAUGCCUACCUGGUCACUGCACAGUGACCCAGAGUAUUUUGAUAGUCCGCAGGAAUUCAAGCCUGAUAGAUUUUUGCCUGAUAAUAAGCAUAUGAUUAAGGACUGCACGUUCAUACCGUUUGCUACCGGCCCCCGCAAUUGCAUUGGUAUGCGGUUCGCGUUAAUGGAGUUGAAAUAUAAUUUGGUUAAACUGUUGACCAGAUAUGAGUUCCUGGCCUGUGAUGAGACCCCGAACCUGGACUAUAAUAAAUAA